UCCGUGGUUGCACGGAGGCGUCUGGCUCGCUGAGACUCUGACCAGGACCGCUGGCCGUGCCUGUAAACGGUCCGCACGCAGCAGGAUCUUCCCUGGGAUUAAGCAGUAAAGACAAGGGGUGUGCUCGCUCGCCACUCUCGAUGCUGGACCCUGCCUGCGCGAACUCAGCACCUGUGUGACAUCUGUGUUAAACGCCACAAGUUGAGUUUUGUCACGCCUGACCACUUGAAAAUUUACUAUUGUAAACUAAAAAUUUACUAUUGUAAACUAAAACAAUGAGGGCGGUAAUCCCACUGACUCAAACCCUGGGCACUUUGAUCCUCUGGAUUACUAUCAAUCAGUGGAACGCAGGAGCCAAAGUGAAUAUUCCCAGACUGAAACUCUCUUAUAAAGACCUCCUGGCUGCCAAUAGGUCUGUUAUCUUCUUUGGACACCGUGGUUUCCUGGAUUUCCGUUCAAUGUUCCUGGAUGAGUACCAUGACCAGCUGUUCAUUGGAGCAAAGGAUACCUUGUACUCUCUUCAACUUGACCAGAAAGCAAUCAAUGCCAAAGAGAUUUACUGGCCCACCCAACCGGGUCAAGAGGAGGAAUGUGCCCGCAGUGGGAAAGACCCAUUUAGUGACUGUGCCAACUUUGUGCGGGUCCUGCAUCCAUACAACAGGUCCCAUCUGCUGGCCUGUGGGACAGGUGCGUUCAAGCCAUUGUGUGCUUUGGUGUACGUGGGCCACAGAGGAGAGCGUGCCUUCAGGAUGGAGGUGAACAGCAUGGAAAAUGGGCGAGGCAAAUGUCCAUAUGACCCCAGCCGACCUUUCGCAAGCAUCUUGAUUGAUGGUGAGCUGUACUCGGGACUGGCAGCCGACUUCCUGGGGAGGGAACAAGUGAUCUUCCGCAGUCUAGGGACCCGUUCCGCCAUGAGGACUGAGCUUGAUGACCGACUGUUACAAGAUCCCAAGUUCGUGGCGGCUCACCUCAUCCCAGACAACAUUGACCGUGACAACGACAAGGUUUACUUCUUCUUCACGGAGAAGGCCAUGGAGUCGGAAGGCAAAGUCCGAGCCAUAUACAGCCGGAUUGGCCGUGUCUGUGCGAAUGAUGCUGGGGGUCAAAGAGCUCUAGUCAACAAAUGGAGCACGUUCAUCAAAGCCAGACUGAUCUGCUCUGUCCCGGGGCCUGAUGGCAUAGACACGCACUUCGAUGAGCUUGAGGAUGUCUUCCUACUGAGGACUAAGGAUGAGAAGAAUCCAGAAAUCUAUGCUAUCUUUAGCACAAUAAGUAAUGUUUUCCAAGGCUAUGCUGUUUGUGUAUAUCGUAUGGCUGACAUCCGGGAGGUCUUCAAUGGACCGUACGCACACAGAGAAGGGCCAGAUUAUCAGUGGACGGCUUACGAGGGCAAAGUGCCCUAUCCGAGACCUGGGUCUUGCCCCAGCAAAAUCACCACGCAGCCCAGUCGCCGAUACACCAGCACCAAGGACUACCCGGACGAUGUCCUGCAUUUUGCCCGCAGUCACCCGCUGAUGUUCCAUUCUGUAUACCCGAUAAACCAGCACCCUGUGCUCAUCAAAACCAACGUCCAGUUCAAGAUGACCCAGAUUGUCGUGGACCGGGUGGAGGCGGAAGAUGGACAGUAUGACGUCAUGUUCAUUGGGACAGAUACUGGAAUGGUACUGAAGACAAUUGCCCUGCGGAAGGGGAAUGCUGUUCAGAGUGAGGAGGUGAUUCUGGAGGAACUCCAGGUGUUCAAGGUUUCAAAUCCUAUUACAGCAAUGGAGAUCUCUGUGAAGCGGCAACAGCUGUAUGUUGCCUCCAGAAUGGGGGUGGCCCUAGUGAAGCUCCAUCAGUGUGAGACGUAUGGCAGUGCCUGCGCCGAAUGCUGCCUGGCCAGGGACCCUUACUGCGCGUGGGAUGGGAGCUCUUGUACCAAAUACCAGCCUGCGGCCAAGAGACGCUUCCGAAGACAAGAUAUCUGGAACGGUAAUCCCAUUCACCAGUGUCUGGACCAGAAUUUAAGUGUGGAAGGAUUUAACAGUGUGGAGGAGAGGGUGGUUUAUGGGACCGAACACAACAGUACUUUUCUUGAGUGUAUUCCAAAAUCCCUUCAGGCCACUGUCAAGUGGUUCAUACAGCGAGCUGUGGAUCAGCAGAAGGAUGAGGUGAAAACCGAUGAAAGGGUCAUCAAGACCGAGCAUGGCCUCUUGUUCAGGAAGAUUUACCGAAUGGAUGAGGGAACGUAUUACUGUCAGACAAUGGAGCAAGGCUUCAUCCAGACAGUGACCAAGAUCUCGCUGGAGGUGCUCGAGAGCGAGCAGCUGGAAGAAAUCUUCAACCGGGACGACGAAGAGCGGAGCCACCGCCCCUGUGUGGCCCAGCCCCGCCGGCUACAGAGCCAGAAGCCUUGGUUCAAGGACAUUAUGCAGCUGAUCGGUUACUCCAACCUGCACCGGGUGGAGGAGUACUGCGAGAGGGUGUGGUGCAGUGACAAGCAGCGGAAGAAGCGCAAGAUGAUGUUGAGCAAAUGGAAGUUCAUGUCAGAGGGUGCGAAGAAAGGGAAGAGCAAACCCCGCAACAGAACACCCAGGCACGUGGCUGACACAUAGAGCCGGCCGGCCGACCCCCUGCUCCAGUGACCCGUGAAGGGCGGAUCUCCAGAGGAUGGACUAGAUUUUCACAGAGCAGUAAAACAGCUGCACAGAAAGAUCAUUUCUUGGCUAACCCCAUCUCUCACAAAGUCAAAUAUCGCCAGUCUUUCACAUCCAGUCUCAUCACCAGAGACUCUGAUCGUUUAUGAUCCCAAUUUAUUUUUGAAUCUACUGCGCUGUGUAAUUUUGAUCUCAUAUGUUUUUUAGGUUAAGAUGUUAAGCUCCGUGUAUUUAUGUAUGUUAUUUAAUAAUUCAUUAGGAAUCAGUGGAGGGACAGAGAAAUCGAUCCACUAUAUUUGUUGAAGAACAAAAAUUACAGAGCAAGAUUCAAAUACCCUUAGUUCACCAGACCCUAACUGAUUCAACACUUGGAAUACGUCAGUGCCCAGUCUUUGAUAACUUCCGUCAAAGGAGACUAUUAGAUUGGGAAUGGCUGGGAAUUCCUAGCUUUGCCACCAUUGAUCAAAGUGUGCACAAUACUGUUUUUGGGUGCAACUGGACACCCUGCUUUUCUGGGCCAGAUCUGCCUCUUUUAAAUUGCUUCCACAUUUUAGUAACCAAUGUUGACGCUGAGGCAGGGGAUCAUUUGUUGUUAGGUUUCCAGAAAUCAAUAUUUUACUCCUGGUGAGGAAACUGACUGAGCAUUAGCCACUGAUUCGUAGAAAAUUGUUCUGCGGAUCAAACUCAAACCAGGAGCCCUUGAACUACCGGAGAAGAGUGCAUUCUAUUUGGCCGCGCACAUAAUCCUUCAGUUCACCAUUUGGGGCCGUUCUUGGGCCUGGAGUUGGCUUGUCCUGGGGUGGGAGAGUGGGAAAGGGCAUAUUUUGCUGAUGUCAUUUUGUUCCACUGGACAUUGUGGGCAUGCUAUGUUGUCACCAGAACGUCUAGCGACAUUUGCGGGCUGUCCCCAGCACAUCCCUGGGUGUGUUGGCUGUUCACGCAAAUGACACUUUUCACUGUAUUUUUCAAUGUACAAAGUUCAGAGUUCAAAGUACAUUAUUAUCAAACUGUGUAUACUAUA